AUGUGAAGGGAACUUCCUUGUACUUCGCCGUGAGCAGAAGUUUGUACUCUCACUGAUUCUCGUUUCCUUUUCUCCUUAGUCUAGCUUGUGAGUUCUCUCCUUUCAGCUCUCAUUACUUGGAGCCUUCACAGGAACACCUCAGCUAGUUUCUACAUUGUCCAGUUGUGGCUACAGCUUGGCACUACGAGCCAUGCUCUACACGGAACUGCUGCAGCUGUGGAACCAAGCAGUGCAGGCUGUGGAUAAGCGGGACUGGGAAGGUGCUCUCUCCAAGCUGAACCAAAUAACAGAGCCCACCUCCCGCACGCUCUUUGUUACCGCAUCUGCGUACUUGGCCCUCGGCCAGCUGGAGCCUGCCGUCAAGGCUCUGGAUCAGGUCAUUGCAAAGGAUGAGCGAUUAGCUGUGGGCUUCUUUCAGAGAGCUGGGGUUCACACGCUGAAUGGCAGACUGGAGGAAGCAUUAAGUGACUGUAUCUGGGCCCAGAAGUACAUGAGAGACAACAGUGUCAUAGACUAUAGACAGCUUGGAUUGCGCUACAAGCUCUACAGCUGGCAGGUCCUGUACAAUGCAGCAGUGGUUCAUUGCAGACUGGGUUUGUGGGAAAAAGCUGGCAGCAUCCUGGAGAAGGCUUCCAAGGAGAAAGGAGGACGUGCAGGGACAGUGGAGGUUGCCUUGGAAAGUCUUUCUAGGAAGGAGAUAUUGGACCCUUUGUUGGUCCCCGAGGGAGAGGUGUUUCGACCCAGGAAGCAGGAUAUAGAACAACUACAGCAGAGAGAUUUCCUGGGCAAAGCAAAGGUAAUUUCCUCUAUGAUCCCUAAUGAUGACUUUGGUGGCUUUGAACCUCUCAGGAUGCAGAAACCUGGAUACUAUGAACCCAAAGGAGACCCAUCUCAGGAUUCGUGCUACAUGCGACUUCGUAGCCCUUAUAUGGCCCAUGGUCCUGAGGAACUGUCCGUUCCUGGAGGCAGCAUCGUCUUCGUCUUUAGUAACGCAAAUGCAGAGGGCCUUGUUACUGUCAUUUAUGAUGGACAGAAAGGCCUGCUUCCACUCUCUCUGCUGGACCCUGUGGAUGUCAACAAGUCCAAAGGCAAAAAGAAGACAAAGAGUGUUCCCAGUGGAAUUCCAUUGCCACCAGGCCUCAAGCCACCCACUCGCCCACAGACCCAGUCUAGUGUCACUGCACAGCAGCCAGUGUCUCCACCUGUGUCUUCUCCUCCGACUUAUGCCAGCUCUACCUUCCCUUCUCAGCCGCCACCCAAGUACUCAGCCAUCGCUGACAGCUCUACUGAACAGGAACUUGGUUCACCGCAGGCCGAGGACGGGGACUCUGUUGUGCUCAAGGUACAUUACAGGUACACGGUGUCCCUUCGUGUCCCAAUGGAGACUACGUACAGCGCGCUGCAAGAGCAAAUUGCACACAAACUGGGGCAGAGUCCCACACACCUUCGCCUCAGACGUAGGCUGCAUGGGUCACAGGUUCUAAAACCACUGGAGGGGCAGGAAGAGCUUCGCACCCUCCUAGAAGGGGCAGAGAUGGGCAGGGCCACACUGUGGUGCCAGGCAGAGAACCCACUCGCCAGCAGAAGAAUCCUGUACCAGACUGUGGCACUGUAUGACUACAGUACUCAAGGACCAGAGGACCUGGAGUUCAGUGAAGGAGACACCAUUGAUAUCCUUAGCGAAGUCAAUGAAGAAUGGCUAGAGGGACACACUGGUGGAAACAUUGGCAUCUUCCCAAGAUGUUUUGUCUACCGGGAUUUGGAAGCUGGCGACAACACAGAGGGACAAGAGGCGGAGUGACCUAGGCCAAAAGAAAUACACACAGGAAUAACACUACACCUAUAUGAUGCUGUUUGCAUUUACUGUCUUAUCUGCCAUUAUGAUGCCUUAGGUACACUGUUGAAUUCUGUUAUAGCUACAAUUCACCUAUAAUAACAUAAAAAUAAAUCACUGUUAUGACAAAUAUAGAUGAGCUGCUAUGGAUAUCAAACCAUCUUUUUUAAAUCAUUCAUUGCACUUGCCAUGAUUUUACUUCAUCUGUGUAUGUCUAUGUGUGUUGAUUUCUUUAGAUCUAUGUGGUUGUCAGUAUGCCUACAGGCAUGUAUGAAUAUGUAUAUAUUCCAGUUGCCCUUUACUACCACUGGCUUAAUCACUUUUUUCCACUUAAUCAAAGGUUUUAUUACUCGGUUGUGCACUAAUGAUUUAUGACAUUUCUCAUACCAUUUUUAGUUACCACUAUUUUAUUUUACUUUUUAGGGAUUUAUGUUUUACUGUUGAUACAAAUUUUAUGUCAUAAACCUGUUACACAGUCAUUGUACCUGAUAUGUCACUGCUUACAUCAUGAUGAAGGCAUUCUGCUGAGACAUGUCCACACACACAUACACAUAUUGUCUGAGACUGC